CACCUAAGCAUGCAGACUGCUUCUACAAACAUUUGUGAAACAAUGGGUCGCCCUCAGGAGCUCAGUGAAUUCAAACAAGGUACUAUGAUAGGUUGCCAUCUGUGCAAUAAGUCCAUCUGUGAAAUUUCCUUGCUACUAAAUAUUCCACGGUCAACUGUUAGUGUUAUAACAAAGUGGAAGCAACUGGGAACAACAGCAACUCAGCCACAAAGUGGUAGGCCAAGUAAAAUGACAGAGCAGGGGUCAGCAUAUGCUGAAGAUCACAGUGCACAGAAGUCACCAACUGUCUGCAGAGUCAAUAGCUAAAGACCUCCAAACUUUGUGUUGGCCUUCAGAUUAGCACAACACAGUGCGUAGAGAGCUUCAUGGAAUGGGUUUCCAUGGCUGAGCAGCUGCAUCCAAGCCUUACAUCACCAAGUGCAAUGAGAUGUAGUGGUGUAAAGCACGCCACCACUGGACUCUAGAGCAGUGGAGAUAUGUUCUCUAAAGUGAUGAAACAUGCUUCUCUGUCUGGCAAUUUGAUGGACAUGUCUGGGUUUGGCGGUUGCCAGGAGAAUGGUACUUGCCUGACUGCAUUGUGCCAAGUUUUGUGGAGGGGGGAUUAUGGUGUGGGGUUGUUUUUCGGGGUUGGACUUGCGCUUUUAGUUCCAGUGAAGGGAACUCUUAA